AUGUAGAUAGUGUAAGAUAUCACAUAUUUGAAAAUUUUCAUGUCUAAUGUUUGUGGUAGGUAUUUUGCUGUUGAAUUUCUACUGCACAAACAUUUCACUACCCAUUUAAAUGGGUUGUGAAACGCAAUAUAAGCAUAAUAAAGAAUAAGGGGAAGAUUUUACAGCCGCUUCUUUAGGCUCAUACCAUGAACAUAACCUGAUGUGAAAAAAUCCUGAUAAAUGAUAUCUGAUUGGACGAAAGGAAUUCAUAUUUAAAGGUGGUACAAAACAAUACAUUAUACAGGGAGAUUUAUAACACAGUCAAAAUUAGUUGAGGUUAAUAUCCAUGUUGAAUUGUUCUAUUGUAAAAGAAAUAUUAAGAUUUUCAAUGAUGAAAUUAGUGUUUUUUAAACUACUAAGUUUUUUUUUCUAAUAAAAUGCUGUUCAAGUUUUAUAUUUUUGUCAUAGGGUCAAAGUAAAUAUUAGUGAAAAUUUUAUGAAAUUUAAACAAGCCAAAUUAUUUUAAGUCAAAUUGUUUAGUACCACCUUAACUGAUUUUUUAUACAUGAAUGUUAGUUGUUUUAAAAGUAAUCUGUUUAAAAAGUUCAUUUGUUUACAAUCAAGUUAUAUAGAGUAAAUGUUCUGGUUUAAAUUUGAGAUUACUGUUAUCAGAUCAAAUUUAUUCAAUAUGAUGAAUUUUAAUAACACUACAGGGAGAUAACUCUGUAGAAUCACAUUCUAUUUUUAAGGGAAUGUUAAUCUUUUAAAUAAUCAAAAGUGUUUUUGAAACUUUUAUUUAUCUGAGGAUUUUUUUCCAAUAUAGUGUGUGGUUCAAGUUUAAUAAAAAAAAAAGGCCAAACAAAAUACAUGUCUGUUUCCUGCUGCCAAGGCAAAUAAAUCAUGGUUGGUAGGUCAGGAUUUUUUUUUUGUUUGCACUCCCUGUCAGAUUUGCAGUUGGUUAUAUAUCAUGUUUGGUUAGGGUCCUGUACCCCAAAAUGAUUUAAUCUCUUUAAUUGAGCCUUAAUUGAAUUAUCCUCCCUGUGCCAACAUUUUUUAAACCUUAAUUGUAGUACAUUUGUGCUGGGAGCAACCAUUUUGAUUGUUUAGCAUAGUAAGAUACGGAUCUGGAUCAGGAUUGGAAACUACUAUUUCCGGACUGGAAAGAUUUUUAUUCCAGAAUUGAAUUAAAAGAUCUAGGAUCGGGGAUUUUGAGUCAGGGUCGGUCGGGAACAAGAAACAGACAUAUAUUUUUUGGCCUAUUAUAGGCAAAGAGUCUGUAAAUAUUUCAUCAAAAUUCUUUGAAAUUUAAACAAGUCAAAUAAUUUGAAUCAAGCUGUUUUUGACCACCUUAACUGUUUUUAAUACUUGUAUAUUAGUUGUUUUAAAAGUAAUUUGUUAAAGAACUCCAUUUGUUAACUAUCAAGUUAUUAAGUAAAAGUAAAUAGUGUUUGAAAUUGAGGUUACUGUUAUUAAUUUUAGUCAACAUUAUGAAUUUUAAUUAAUUUAUUUGAAUUAAUGUUAUUUUUUUACAAUAUUUCCUAUUUUAUAAUCGUAAAACUUGACUUGAUAUAUUUUCUCACACUUUGUGUCAUGAACUAAAACAAUUAUCAUGAUUGACAAUUAACUGUGUGAUGUGUGUACAUCAGACUUUAAUGAUAUAUCAUGUAAACUGUGAAAGUUGUAAGCAUCAUCUGGACGGUUGCAAUGUUUGUUUUAAGUGUGGAAUAAUUAUGCCUCAUUAAAAACCAUACACUUUGAUUUGAUACUGCAACACUAAGUUUCAUAGCUAAAAUGUUCUCAACACAAUAUUAAUAGUUUAACACUGACUGGUGUGAUAAAUUUAACCUAUUUUAUAUGAGGACGUCGAAUGAUGAUGAAUUCAACAAUAGGAAUUCAGAAAGGAUCAUUUUGAUAACAAACUUGAGAAGAAUUGACUGAUUUACACAAAUGAAAUGGAAAGGUUGACCUUUGUGAAUGUCAAGGUUAGCCUGAUUCAUUGGAGGAAUUGGAAAGACAGGAAGAUAUCAAAGAUUCAACCGACUUUAUUCUUAAGAGCAUAUGGAACACAUGCUUUCAUUUACCGAUCCAGUUUAAAAGAUAACUGAAGGCAAUAUUUUAAAGGAUUCAAUAACUGGUACUAGCCAAUCAUGAUUGAGUCAUUGAAAAAGGAGUUAACUUUAUUUGACCUUGUCUCAGAUUGUGACCAAUGGAGAGACAAAAUUGCAGUGAUUUAUGAUGAUAGACAGAUGUCAGUAGCCAUGACAUAUAACCAAGUUAUAAUAAUGGCUGGGAAGAUAAGCAGUUUGAUAGCAGGCCAUACAGAACCACCAGAUGUCAUUGGUCUGUGCUUAGAACCAAACCAGUUUGUUCCUGCUGUUCUAAUAGGAGUUUUGAAGAGUGGCAAUGCCUUCCUGAAUUUCACUGCUAGUAGCAUAGGGUAUAUACAGAAUGUAUUGGAACAACUGAAAGUCAAUAUUUUGUUUAUUCAGUCUUCUAAUUUGAAAGCUUUAGAACAACUACUCUUUAAAUACAAUUCUGAGAUUAUCCACAGUGAUAUAUUACAAGAUCUCCACAUGGUAUUUGUAAAGCUAAACAGACCACAACUUCUGAAGACAGAGAGAACAUCCCUGGCAUACUGUAUCACAACAUCUGGCACCACUGGUAAACCAAAGAUUGUCAAAGUACCUCACCGUUGUAUUGUUCCUAAUAUUUUAUAUCAAAGGAAUUCUUUUAGAAUCAGCCAAGAAGACGUUGUAUUUUUGUCAUCACCUUUAACCUUUGACCCAAGUAUUGUAGACAUAUUUGUGACCUUGAGUAGUGGAUCAUGUUUACUGAUGACAUCAGAUGCUAUGAAAGCUGUGCCAAAUAAGUUACUAUGGUUACUGACAAAAUAUCAUGUCAGUGUUAUGCAGUGUACACCAACCUUACUUAGCAGAUUCAAAAUCGAAGAUCUUCAAACAGCACUUCUCUCUCAACAUUCAGCAUUAAGAGUUAUAGGUUUGGGAGGAGAACAAUUUCCACCACUUUCUCACCUUCAACAUUGGAGAGCACCUGGAAACAGGACUAAAUUCUACAACUUAUAUGGUAUCACUGAAGUAUCCUGUUGGUCCUCUAUCUAUCAGGUGACAGAAUCAGAUUUUAGGGAAGUAACAGAAGAUGUUCCAAUUGGAAAACCAAUGAUUGAUACAGAAUACAUAGUGAAAGAUGAUAACGGCAAAGUUAUAGAAUUUGGACAAGGAUAUCUGUUCAUAGGAAGUUUGAAUAGAGUGUGUUUCAUUAACCAGGAAGACCCAGUACAGGCCGUACAAGGAAAAGUAUUGAGACCUACUGGUGACCUUGUCAAUAUAAAUGGUCAAGGUCAAAUAAUAUAUAUUGGGAGAACAGAUAACCAGAUCAAAAGGCAUGGGAAAAGGAUAGAUUUAAAAGAGAUUGAGCAGGUUGUAUGUAGGUUAAAAAGAAUAAAGACUUGUAAGAUCCUAUAUAAAGAUAGAAUUUUAGUAGCUGUGGUUGUAGAGAGGUCAGACAAUGCAACAAAGUCAUUUGGUGACUUAGUCAGUGCAAUAAAAGCUCAAAUAGAAGACUGCCUGCCUUCUCAUUGUUGGCUGGAUAAAGUCGUCAAAACAGAGGAUAUUCCAAUGACUAACCAUGGUAAAUGUGAUAUAGAAGCAUUGUGGAGAAUUGUAAAAGCCCAUUCUGAACCUUUAGAUGAGUCUAAAGAAACCCAAAAUGAUAUGGAGAAAUAUCUGACUAAAGUAUUGAAGGAAAUUCUAGUUAUUAAUGGAGAGGUGAAAGAAGAGGCAAUGUUUAUAUUUAGUGGUGGGAAUUCUUUGCAGGCUGUUCAAUUAGCCAAUCAGAUACAAGCAGAUUUAAAUAUUCAAUUGCCAUGGUUACUGGAUUUCAUUUUACACAAAAGUUUUGGUGAAAUUAUUAAAGAAAUAAUGCUUACUAUUAAAAAGGAAAGAGAUACUGUUGAAUUAGACAAAAUUCCUAAACAAGGCCUUAUGAAACCAUUUUUAACAAAAGACCGGUCAAAUUAUGAAAAUUUAGAUAAUCAAAAUGUAGCUAUGGAGACAACAGAUACUUUUGAUCUACAUAACAUUUCUAGGAAAAGGAGAAUUAGUGACAUUGAAAAACUCUAUGAGGAACAGCAUUCCCCAGAAAAUGAUCUAAUCAAGCAAAAUGAUUGGAAAAAGAAAACUGAUGUGUUCUCGUUAAACUUGACACCUAUGAAAUGUAGAAUGAAAUGUGUAUCCAGAUGUAACAGAUGCUCUGAUUGGCUGAUUCAUAUGGAUGACACUAUUUCUGAUUUUAAAUAUUCCAGCUUUAUUUUAAAUGAAAGGGAUGAGGGAUUAAAUUUCACUACCUUUACAUCAGACAGUAGUUCUGAAUUUGAUUUAAAAAGGACAGCGUAUGAAAUAAAAGAUGUGCCUUCAAAAAAAUCUACAAUCAAAAGUACAUAUGGUCUUUCCUUGAAUGAAAAAUGGAUGUACAACUCAGGAAAAUGUGUAGAUGCUUCUCCACUUGUAGCUUCAUUGAGUGAUGGUAGAAUGGCCGUGUUCAUUGGAUCUCAUUCUCAUAAAUUUACUGCCAUAUUGUUUAAUUGUGGUGAGUUGCUAUGGGAGACAACUCUUGGAGAUAGAAUAGAAUCUUCAGCCUGUAUUACAUUAUGUGGAGAGUUUGUUGUUGUUGGUUGUUACGAUUAUAAUGUAUAUGCAGUCAAUAGUAUGAAUGGAGAUAUUUGGUGGAAAUACCAAACUGGAGGAGAGAUUAAAAGUUCACCAGUUGUAGAUCCUGUCACUUCAUUGGUUAUAUUUGGGUCACAUGAUCAAUACUUGCAUGCAGUAAAUGUGAAAGUUAAAAAGAAAGUUUGGUGUACCCUGAUUGGCCAUGGUAGUAUCUUUGCAUCACCUUGUGUUUCAUCUCAACCACAUUUAAUUUUCUGUGCCACUCUUGGAGGAAUUGUAGCAGCCUUGCAUGGAGACAAUGGAAAAUUGUUGUGGCAAUUUAACUGUAGAAGACCAGUAUUCUCUUCACCUAUGCUGACAAAACAUGGCAUUUGUGUUGGUUGUGUGGAUAAGAAAAUAUAUCAUAUUAAUUUCAAAGGCCAAGAGACUUGGACGUACACAGUUGAAGAUUUAGUGUUUUCCUCGCCUGCUGUUGUUGAUGAUGUGAUUCUAAUUGGGUCAAAUGAUGGUCACCUGUAUUGUUUAUCAAUGGAAGGAUACCUUAUAUGGAAAGUGAAAGUAGACUCAGCUGUUUAUUCCUCAGCGUUUACUUUUAAUUUGAAUUAUUUUCCACAAAGUAAUGUCAUUAUCAAAACUAAAACAAAAAUUUCUCAAAAUGAUAUGUAUUUUCUUUCAAAUUGUAGUUCUAAAAAAUUUUCAAAACCAGAAGAUAUUUCAUUCAAAAAAUCUUCUUGUAAUUCAUUUGAAGCUGAGCAAAGUAACGAAAUAAAAACCGACACAGUUAAAAACUGUACCAUACAAAAGAAUGGAAGAGCAAAUAAAUUUGUCACAUUUGCUUCUACUGGUGGAUAUCUUUAUAUUGUUAACUUCUAUUCAGGGGAGAUAAUUUUAAAGCACUUCCUGUCAGGACAAAUAUUUUCCUCACCUGCUGUUUAUGAUAACUGUUUAGUUGUUGGAUGUAGAAAUGACUUUGUUUAUUGUUUAAGUAUUAAAUAAAAACUGUUGUUCUUUUC